AUGGCUACGUAUCUCAAGCGCCUUCUUUCUGAGGUCAGUUUACAACAUCGCCAGCUUACAUUCCGAAUUCCCAAUCGGUUGGUGAUUAAAAGGCACUUCUUGGUGUCAAGUCAAAAAGCGGCCAUAGAUAUGGGUUCAAAAGAUGGGGAACUCAGAGUCUUUAUCGUUGCUGGAGAGGUUUCUGGUGACAUGAUCGGCUCACGUUUCAUGGACUCUUUGAAAAAGCUUUCUCCUUGUCCUGUCCGUUUUGCAGGCGUUGGAGGGUUGGCAAUGUCAAAGCAGGGGUUAGAUUCUCAGUUUCCUAUGGAAGAUAUUGCAGUAAUGGGUAUCUGGGAGUUGGUGCCGCAUCUUAGCAAGUUGAGGGUUAAGUUGAAACAGACAGUACAGUCUGCUCUCUCUUUUCAGCCUCAUGUUGUACUAACGGUGGACUCAAAAGGGUUUUCCUUCCGUUUCCUAAAGCAAUUGCGUGCUAUUUAUGGUCAGCAAGGAUUGGUUGGUCCUCUGCAUUUUCACUAUGUAGCUCCGUCUUUCUGGGCCUGGAAAGGUGGCGAAGAAAGACUUAAAGGGCUCUCUAAGUUUGUAGAUCACGUCUUCUGUAUCCUUCCUUUCGAGGCAGAAGUGUGUAUAUCAAAAGGACUAAAUGCAACUUUUGUGGGCCAUCCAACACUAGAAGAUGUUUUGGAGCUAGAGGUAAAGGACAGUAUCUGUAAUGAAUGGAAAAUUCAAGGUACGGGAGAAACAUUUAAGGAGCAGCAUGGGAUAUCCUCAGGAACCACAGUUAUUUCCUUGCUUCCUGGAAGCAGAUUACAAGAGGUCACACGCAUGCUUUCCAUAUUCUCAAACACUAUGGAGCUAUUAAAAGAUUCCCACUCAGAGUUAACAGCAGCAAUCCAUGUGGCGCCUAAUAAGUAUGUGGAAGACUACAUCAGGAAAGCUGUUUGUGAGUGGCCUACAUCUGUCGUAUUGGUUCCAAGUGGAUCCCCGCAAAUUAAAUAUGAUGCAUUUAGUGCAAGUAGAGUAGCCUUGUGUACAUCUGGGACUGUGGCAGUGGAAUUGCAGCUUGCGCGACUACCAUGUGUUGUUGCCUAUAGAGCUCAUCUUCUGACUGAAUGGCUCAUACGAUUCAAAGCUAAAGUACCUUAUAUCUCGCUUCCUAAUAUUAUUUUGGAUUCAGCAAUAAUUCCCGAAGCUCUUUUCAAUGAAUGCACACCUUCAAAAUUGGCAUCAUUACUCAAGAACUUAACAGACGAUGAGAACCUCCGAAGAAAACAAAUAUGUGCUGCUGAAAAGGUUUUUGAUUUACUUGUUCCUCCUAGAGUAAGUUGCAUCCAAAUCCAGCAAGAACGGAGCCGUCCUAUACUUGUUGAUGAUUAUCGACCGAGUAUGAUAGCAGCAUCUACAGUAUUACAUUAUAGAAGAAUAUGA